GAUAUAUUCCCCAAAUUUCCCGAAAAUGUACCUCGAGAACCUCCUCCCAGGCGGACUCUACCACCCCCUUCUCCCCCGAGAAACAGACACCUCCUGCUGGGGAGGCAUAGGGCAAGGCGAAUGUCUCGGCUCUUCUGAAUGCAAAGGACUCAUCUACUCAAACCAAUGUACCGACAUCCCCGGCGGCGAGUGCUGUCUCCACCGCCGCUGCACAGUCCCCGAAGGAACAGGCUACUGCCGAGACACCCAUAACCAGACCUGCGAUGGGGGGAAUUACUUCGCCGGGGCCCCUGUAAACCACCCCCGCCCCCGCUCCCUUACCUUCCUCCUAUCUACCACCCUCAUCUAGGAAAGGGACACUAACGAGAGAGAAUCUAGCCCAACUGGCCCUGUCCGGGGAUAAGUUCUAUCCAAUGCUGUGUGAAGCACGGGAAUAUGUCUAAUGGGACAUCGUCUUCGUCUUCGUCUUUGUCUUCGACGCUAAUUCCUACUUCGACGUCCACGGCAUCGACGACAACAUCAUCAUCUCCGAAAGCAACUAUCACUCCAGCAGGAGAAUCCGGGACAGACACGGGUCUCUCAGGAUCUCAGAUUGGGGGUAUAGUAGGUGGUGUUGUUGGAGGAGUACUUGUUUUCGCUGUUGUGGGUCUCGUUUUUUUUUUUCAGCGCCGGAAGGGGGGGGAGUCGGGUGCUGGGGGGGCUAGUGAGUCUGCUGGUGACUUGGAUGAGACUGUUGGGCUGGGGAAGGAUGUGCCUAUGCUUGGGGGAAGUAUGAGGCAAGAGAUGGAUGCGCAGGGUGGGGCGGUGCUGCAUGAGAUGGAGGGGGUUGAUCGGGUAUUGGGGACGGGGAGUGGUGAGAAGGGGAUAUCGGAGUUGGAGGGGGAGAGGACA